CCUCCCAAAGUUGCUCAAGGUAGCCGCGGGCAGACCACGAUCAUGUGGGCAAUUGCGGGCAAUUCGGCGAUUGAAUGUGCUGGAGGGGCUGGCCCUUCACACCACGGCAGAGCCCGCGGUGUAUGCAGGGACGUUCGCCCCAGCAUUAGAUUCCGGGGUAUGGGGUCGGCACCUAGUCACAAAUCCGGGGUAUGAUACUUUGAGGUAUAUAAUGUCGUGGAAUCUUCCUACUCUGUCGCUUCAUCAAGCACGAGGAGUCAUUCUCGGUCUGAUCCACUCCAUCACCAGCAUCAUCAGCCAUCUUCACUAUGCCUGAACUUCAGGGCAAACCCCUUAUGCUUACGGUCAGCUUGCUGACCUCCUUGGGCUUUAUGCUGAUCGGAUACGACAACGGCCUGAUGGGCGGACUCGUCAACGCUCCUGCUUUCCAGGAUACUUUCGACAAUCCAUCAGCGAACAUGAUUGGCACUAUCGUUGCGAUCUUUGAAAUUGGCUGCUUUCUUGGUGCAAUGACGACGGCUUUUGUGGGAGAGAAGCUGGGCCGUCGCAAGAGUGUUGGCAUCGGGGCUAUCAUCAGCAUAAUUGGCGCAAUCCUGCAAGCAACUGCUUUUGGCCGCGCGCAUCUCAUUGUCGGCCGUGUCAUCUCUGGUGUUGGACUUGGUUUCAUCAAUUCUACGGUACCAGUCCUGCAAGCCGAGUUCAGUCCCAAGGCAAGCCGUGGUAUGUACGUCUGCGCGCAGCUCUCGACCCUCAAUUUUGGUAUCCUUAUCGUCUACUGGAUCGAUUACGCCUUUGUCAGCCACACUGCAAGCUAUGCAUGGAGAAUUCCGACAAUCCUGCAGUGCAUCAUCCUCUUCGUAAUCUUGGGCCUUCUGUUCGUCAUCCCAGAUACACCAAGAUGGCUCGCAGCACAUGAUCGCCCCGACGAGUGCCUUGCUGUGCUGGCGCGCAUCAGAGGAACCGACACAAACGAUCCUGAGGUUCAGAGGUUGCACACCGUAAUCACCGAGACCGUCGCAUACGAAAAUUCACGCCAAGCUGGUUGGAAAGAUAUCGUGCGAAACGAUCCCAUCAAGUCUAGGAGACGCUUUCUCAUCGCUUGUGGAAUUCAAAUCUUUCAACAACUUGGAGGCAUCAACGCUAUCAUCUAUUAUUCCGGUACUCUCUUCGAGAAGAGCAUUGGCUUCGAUACUCACAUGGCAAGCCUCAUGAGCGGCUUCCUUCAGACAUGGUUCUUUGUCGCUUCCUUCAUCCCGUGGUUUUUGAUUGACCGCAUUGGCCGUCGGCCUCUGUUGCUAUCUAUGAUCAGUGUAAUGGCUGCUGUCAUGGCUGUGCAAGCCGCUCUUAUCUACCAGGUGCAAUACGAUACCUCGAUCGCCAAGAACGCCGGUAUUGCCGCUGCUGCAAUGCUCUUCAUUUUCCAGGGCGCCUUCACCAUUGGAUUCCAGGCGACGGUAUGGGUGUAUCCAUCUGAGAUCUUGCCUUUGCGACUACGACAGCGUGGCUCAUCCAUCUCGACUGCCGCUAACUGGAUUUGCAACUACAUUAUCGUGCAAAUUACACCUCCUGCCAUCAAUAACAUCGGCUGGCGAACAUACAUCAUCUUCGCUGUUCUGAACGCAACAUGGGUCCCUAUUAUCUACCUGUUCUUCCCUGAGACUAAAGGUCUCGAGCUUGAGGAUGUUGAUAAGCUCUUCUCGGGUGAAGAGACUCUCGCGGAUCUUAGACGCGAGAAGGAGAUGCAGGAAGACGAGCGCUUUGAGAAUAUCGCAAAGUCUUAAGCAACUGUGCUUAUGACAAUCGACAUUCAUGACGCAUCACCUGGUUUGCACAUUCUCGUAUAUCCUAGGUUACUUAGAAAGUGGCUAGUUCGAACAACUAAGUUUCUUCUCGAAUACGACUGUUUGCUGCACGAUAGGGGGUGUUGGUGUACAGGUGACUGUAAACAUAACCGCAACUUAUGGAUUCUGGUCUACCCAUGCAAUAAGAGGGGCUGAAACAUGGCACAAGGAUAAGGGAUCAAGACCGGGAUUCAGCAAUGGCAAGUACUGUUGAGGGAAGUGCUGCUGAAAGUUUUCGGCCCAUCUUCGAGCGCUUGACCGACAAAAACAACCUGAACCGCUGCAAACGCAGCGGUUAUAGAGAAUACAUCUGCUCUCCUGGCAUCGGUGAAAAA